AUGCCAGCAGACGAAAACACCGCCAGCAACAGUGGCAGCAGCAGCAUCGUCAUCAACAUCAACGGCAGUGCCGGCGAGAAUGACGGAGACCGCCAUCUCCAGGCGCCCCUGGCGGGCGACAUGGGCAGCGAGAACAACCUCGUCUGUGCGAUUCGCGAGUCCUCCGCUGCGGUCCUGUCCAGCCCGUCGCGGCACACUUCUACGGCCGCCACGGUCUACUCAGAGGACAUCCCGGAGCUGGACGAUGACCUGUCGACGCCGCCCAGCUCGCCGCCGCCGCGGGAGCACGAGGCCGAGCAGGUGAAGCUCAAGCUCGCCCUGACGCCGCCCCCCGCCAGCACCCGCAAGCCGACCUUUAGUUUCCUGAAACGCAAGCGGUCUGCGAACGAUACACCGCUGACGGAGCUCGAGGUCAACGGGGGCAGUGCCAGCAUGCGGUCGAUGGAUCCCCCGGCUAAGAAGAAGCAGACUCAGGCUGCAUCGGAGUCAACACCAACUACAUCAACAUCACCAACCACAGCAUCAUCAACAACAACAACAACAUCGACGACAACAACAGCAACAUCGACAACGACAGCAACGACAACAACGACAACAGCGCCCCGGCCGGCCCUGAAACAGACAACACUAGACCUUGGUGUAGCGUCCAACACGGUACGCAUAGAGUGCGAUACAUGUGGCAUGCACUAUAUCCCCUCGUCAGAACUAGACCGCUCCAUACACCGCAGAUACCAUGACCACAACUCAGCGUAUGGCGGCGGCGUCGAGUUUGGCAAGUCGUUUGUCCGAGCAAAUGCCUCGCGGUGGGUAUACGAGGCCUCCCGCUUCGAGGAAGGAUACGUCGUCAUCGUGGACCGGAAGAGCUCGGCUGGAACGAAAAACCAUGCCAAACGCGUGCUGGAGAUAGCAAACCUCGACCUGGGCGCCGUGGACAUCGACGACAGCGUCCUCUGGAGCAAGGUCGAGGCCAAACAGGGCGGAGAGGAAGUCGACCGGUUCAAGUUCUUCCUGCACAUGAAGGGCAGCAGAUGCGUUGGCCUCGCCCUGGCCGAACGCAUCUGGGAAGCCCACGGCAUCACCUCCAAGCCGUCCAAGCUGAUCCCAAAGCGCCCUUCAAGCCUCAGCUGCUCUCUCUCCCUCACCAAGGAAACAUACCCCGUCCUCGUGGGCAUAUCCCGCAUCUGGACGUGCCGGAUGUCCCGCCGGAAAGGCAUAGCCCUCGACCUGCUCGACUGCGUGGUCAGCAACUACUUCUACGGCAUGGAGAUGGCCCGCACACAGGUGGCCUUCAGCCAGCCGACGGAGUGCGGCUGUGCCUUGAUGAGGACCUUUUACGGAGACAAGGACUGGAGAAUCUACACUGGAAGCUGUUAA